CCACCCCACCCCACCCCACCACCCAAUUAUCCCGUCCCGUCCCAUCCCCGCUAACAGCAGCAGCAAUAAAGAACACCAAGAAAGAAAAAAGAGGGAAAUUUUCCGCCGCGCAUUAUCAUAUGCUGGUAUAACAGUUGUUAGUGGUUGGUGCCCGCUUUGUUUACCCAUUUAUUGUUUGGACCCGAGAAGAAGCAGCAGCAGAAGGUUGAAGAAGCAGCAGCAGCAAAGAAAGAUAUUGUAAUCUCGGGUGGGAGGGAUCUGAUUUUGUCCCCGUGCCGGAGGAGAGAGAGAGGGAGAGAGAGGAGCAAAGAUUCACCGAUUUUCUUUCUCCUCUCCGCCGCUCUGUCUCUCUCCUUCCGCUAUCCCCAGCCAAGAUCAGCUUGCGGGGCUCGUGACAGCAAUCCCUCUGCCGGCCGCUGCCUGUCCCCCGCCCUCAGAAUCAUCCUGAAUCAUCCGUGCACGCCCGUAUCUUCGGUGGUUGCUGCUGAGCUGGUGAAGGAGCCCCCGAGGAGUCCUGCGCACGCCUCGGCCAUCAAUAAUUGAUCAGACAAGAAUGAUGCAGUUUUCUGGUUUGGUGGUUCCUUUGGGUGGCUUUGGCCCCUUUGGAUGGUUGUGUUAUUCUGGUGAAACAUAAGGAAUUUUCCACCGCAUUCUCACCAUCUUGGUGAGGAAGGUGCAAACGGCCAAGAACCUAGCUGAGCUGAGCUCAUAGAUGGCGGACCACCUGUACCUUUAGCCUGCAAACAAGCAUCUCGCACUGUCACAUUGUGUUGUCUUGUUUCCUGAGCAUUGGUGCCUGUUUCUUCCAUGGUACAAAUGUGAAAAACAAAAAUGGAACACAACGGUGGUAACUGCUGCCAAAGAGUACAAAUGCAGGUCAAUUAAAUUUUGAUUGGGUUGACUUCACAAGUGGCAUGCAGUUGCUUCAUAAGUGAGCAGUCAAAGUUGUGACAUGUCUAAUUAUUACUCAAGCCCAGGUGACGAAAGGGACCCGCAAACCAUGUACUCACCAGACACGGGAAAUGCGUCGUAUCCCGUGCCGUCAGCCCUGGGGAACUUGCUCUAUUCAAACAAUGCAUCUUCUGGACCAUACACGGAAUUCAGUGGCAUUAUCCAGCCUCAGCAGAAUUUCAUGGAGCUGCAUGGCCAUCCUUCAGAACAUUCAUCAUCAAGGGAACCUCCUAACAUGGUCACCUCGCUUACAGAGCAAAGCUCCUUCGCUCCUGUCAAAGAUAUGAGGAAUGAGAUGUUAAUGCAUUUCAUGGAUGGUGCACAGAGUGGUGGUGGUGGUGGUGAUCUCAUCCACAAUGAUGCCCAUAGCAGCGCACAGCUUGAUUUCGGCUUGUUGAACAACCCCAGUUCGGCGAGUGUUCCAUCAGCACCAGGCCAAGGAUUGUCCCUGAGCCUCAACACACAUAUCCUGGCACCUUCAUACCCAUACUGGUCCCCAAAGCCUGACUUACUGGCAACCCAAUCUUACCAGGGUGAUGAAAACGGAAUGAAGAAUAUGCAGUCGGAGGCCUCACGGGCAAUCAGGAAUUCAAAGUAUCUAAAGGCAGCACAAGAAUUGCUUGACGAGAUCGUCAGUGUUUGGAAGAGUAUAAAGCAAAACGCGCAGAAAGACAAGGUUGAAGCAGGAAAAAUGGAUGGCAAAGACGCCGAUGAGGUGUUGAAAAGUGAGGGGGUAUCUUCUAACCCACAGGAGUCUACUGCCAAUGCGGAACCUGAGAUUUCUGCGGCUGAGAAACAAGAGCUCCAGAAUAAGAUGGCGAAACUUUUGGCCAUGCUGGAUGAGGUUGACCGAAAGUACAAGCAUUAUUUCCAUCAAAUGCAAAUUGUAGUGUCGUCUUUCGAUAUGAUUGCUGGGUCUGGAGCUGCCAAACCUUAUACCGCAGUUGCCCUUCAGACAAUAUCGCGGCAUUUCCGAUGUCUGAAGGAUGCUAUCAACGACCAGGUUAAUGUUAUCCGAAAGAAACUGGGAGAGGAGGAUAAUUCAUCGGGUAGAGAGGGCAAGUUAACUCGCCUCCGUUACAUUGAUCAGCAGUUAAGGCAACAACGAGCUUUCCAACAGUAUGGUAUGCUACAGCAAAAUGCCUGGAGGCCACAGAGGGGACUGCCUGAAAACUCAGUUUCAAUUCUUCGUGCUUGGCUGUUUGAACACUUCCUUCACCCGUAUCCAAAAGAUUCAGAAAAGCUAAUGCUAGCGAGGCAAACUGGUUUAACAAGAAGUCAGAUUUCGAACUGGUUCAUCAAUGCCCGUGUCCGCCUAUGGAAACCGAUGAUCGAAGACAUGUACAAAGAAGAGACCGGGGAGGCAGAGCUCGACUCAAACUCCUCCUCGGACAACUUACCAAGAAGCAAGGACAAAAUGGCGUCUUGUGAAGACAAGGAAGAUCUGAAAUGCUCCAUGAGCCAGGGUCAGGCUUACCAAACCGGUGAAUUCAAAGCCAACAUGGAGAUGGCGGGUCUCACCGGAGCGCCGUCCAGCUUCCACAACGAGGCAAACUCUGACGACGGCUUCAUGAACCUGCUGUUGAAGGACCAAAGACCGGGUGAGGCGGACGGCGGUCUCCUCCAUGGCGACGAGAGCGCGCGGUUCAUGGCCUACCAUUUGGCGGAGCUCGGGGGAUAUCAGAACAGCAAUGUGUCGUUGACGCUAGGAUUGCAGCACGCCGAGAACAACCUUUCUGCUCCGAACGCUCACCGGCCAGGGUUCACGGCCGGCGGGGAGGAAGAUAUCUACAACACCGCCGCGGCUCAUCCCGGCGCUGGCGCCGCCGUGGCCUCUUCGGACUAUGAGUCGACGAACCAGCUGGAUCAACGGCAGCAGUUUGAGCCGUCGCCCCUGCUGCACGAUUUCGUGGCCUGAAUGAACUGAAACGCUCGUCGGUGAACAUUGGAUGGAGAUGAUGAUUAUUUUGUACACCCUCUGUAAACUAAUGUAAGAGCGUUUAGAUCACUACUUUAGUACUCUAAACGCUCUUAUAUUAGUUUACGGAGGGAGUAAUUUUGUAGGGCCAUGAUAAUAACGUGCCUGGAAAAGCAUGGAAAUUGUAGCUGUAGUUGCAUUUGGUAUAGAAGAGAGAGGGUAUAGCAUGAAAUGUAUUAUAAAUUUGUGGGGGUGGGGUAAAUAAUUUUUGUAAAGAUGAUGGGUUAUACGUGUAAAAGGUUAUGACUGAAGACGAACCAUCCUGUAAAAAAGUUACGGUAACGGAUACUUCUGGUCAGUUA